AUGGAAGCUGACAAGGUAGAUGACAAGAUGUUUGAUGAUAAUGUGGAUUUUGAUGCUGAAUGGUUGCAUGGUCAGGGGGAAGGUGUUAAGAAAUGUUCAAAUGAUGAGGAGGCCUGGCAAGUGAUAAAGUACACUCACACUCAUACUUGUGCUGCCACAGCAAAGGUUAAAAAUAUUACCUCAAGAUGGCUUGCUGGUAGAUAUGCUCAUGAGCUGCAAGGUGAUCCUGACAGAAAGAUUAAGGGUUUUAGGGGCAGUAAAGCGAGAGAGCUGAGAGCUAGAAGGAUGACAGACAAAGCUCCUGCAAUAGGAAUUUCAACUCAAGAGAGUGUUGUAACUGGUGAAGGCCAAACCCACAAGAAAAGAAAGGAAGGGAAAAAACAAACCACAGAUUCUGACUCGUCUUUGAAGUCCUCAAUUGGGCCUUAUUCAGACAAUCUCACAAAACGUUCGACGGAGAAGAAAAAGAAGACGCUGACAUCUUCGUGA